ACUCCCGGCAAUCGUUCCGCGAGCUGGCCUUGGUUACUAGCCUCCAAAAAAUCCAUUCACAAAGUGAUUCCCACCCAUAUUGUUGAGAGAGAAAAUUGCGCAUCAAAGGUUUUCUCUCCUCAAGUUCAUUUUACGUUGAUUUCUUUUCUAAUUUUUCAUUCUAGCCGGAAGAAUAUUUGGUGUGAUUUAGUAGAUUAAUCUCCCGAAAUUCUUCAGUGAAUCUAUUUUUAGUUUUCUUACCCAGUAAGCAUGAGUGGUGAUCUGAGUGAGGUAGAGGAUCUGUUGAAGAAGGAGGAACCAGCGGAGUCUGCAGUGGAAGCAACAGAAGCAGCAGCUGGGGAUAUGCCGACUGUGAGCAAGGAGAAGACUCCAGAUGAGGCGGAUUCAUCCGUAGCUAAGGUGUCCUCAGACGGUGGUAUGUUCUCGCUAAUCUACACAGUGGCAAAGAGAGUGGCUGUGGUUGGUGUGAUCUAUUUUGUGGGCUACAUGGGAUGGUCAGUGGCGUGGUUGAUAGCUCCGGUGAUCUUCUCUGUGGCGCGUACACAGAUGCGAAAGAAAACUGAACUCCGACGAAACAUUGCAAAAGCCUCGGCAAUUGCCACGGAACGUGAAAUGAUUCUGGCCAGAAUUGAUGAACUACCAGCCUGGGUCUACUUCCCAGACAUCGAGCGCUGUGAAUGGGUGAAUAGAAUCCUCAAGCAAGUGUGGCCGAAUGCCAAUCACUUCGCCAAGGGCCUUAUCAAGAACACAAUUGAACCAAAUAUCCAGAAAGCGCUGGCCAAUUACAAAUUGAACAGCUUCAAAUUCGAUCGUAUGAUCCUCGGAACGAUCCCACCGAGAAUUGGGGGUGUCAAGGUGUACGAUAAGAAUAUUUCACGAAAUGAGAUUAUAAUGGAUCUCGAUCUCUUCUACGCCAGUGACUGUGAUAUUAACUUCAGCCUGGGCGGUAUGAGGGGUGGCAUAAAGGAUUUCCAAAUCCACGGCAUGGUGCGUGUUGUCAUGAAGCCCCUCAUCAACAAAAUGCCCCUCGUUGGUGGGCUCCAGAUCUUCUUCCUCAACAAUCCAAACAUUGAUUUCAAUCUCGUGGGUGUUGUUGAUCUCCUGGAUAUGCCCGGACUCAAUGAUAUGCUAAGGAGGAUUAUUAUUGAACAAGUUGGCGCUAUUAUGGUGCUACCGAAUAAGCUGCCCAUCACACUGAGCGAUGAAGUUCCAGCCGUUACGCUCAAAAUGCCAGAACCUGAGGGUGUACUUCGUGUGCACGUGAUGGAGGCAAAGGAUCUGAUGAAGAAGGACUUUUCGGUGGUGGGAAAAGGCAAAUCCGAUCCGUAUGCUAUUGUAACUGUUGGUGCUCAGCAGUUCCGGACACAAAUUAUUGAUAAUACGGUUAAUCCAAAAUGGGACUUUUGGUGUGAGGCAUCAAUCGAAAGUGGACAAUAUGUGGAAAUCGAGAUUUUCGACAAAGACGACACGAGUGAUGAUGAAGUUUUAGGAAGAGCAACAGUUGAGAUCACGAGCGUUGUGAAGAAAGGACAACUUGAUACGUGGCUCACAUUGGAGAAUGCAAAGCAUGGAAUGGUGCAUCUUAGACUGGCAUGGAUGACUCUCAGUACAGAUAGGAAUGAUCUCUCAGCUGCACUGGCGGAAACCCAAAUGCUUCGCGUAACUUCCAUGAGUACGGCUAUUUUGACGAUCUUCAUUGAUUCAGCGAAGAAUCUACCUCAAGCACGCCCACAGAGUAAGCCCGAUCCCUUCCUCAUUGUUUCCGUGGGUAAGAAACAGGAGCAAACGGCUGUGCAGAUGAGAACUGAUGCACCUGUUUGGGAGCAAGGAUUCACAUUUCUUGUUGCCAAUCCUGAGAAUGAUAGCGUACAACUGAGGAUUGUGGAUCAGAAGACGGAGAAGGAACUGGGACAGCUCUCUUAUCAACUCAGCUCACUACUGACAAAGGGAAACCUGGAUAUUUCCUCGGAGCCAUUUACCCUACAAAAAUCCGGUCCAGUCUCCAAAAUAGUCCUCUCAAUGUCUCUGAGAAUUCUCAAGAAUGCCCCUAGUCUAGAGGAUGAAGUUGAAUCAACGAAAAGUACUGUUGAUAGUUCUCUGUCACGUACUGAUUCAGUCACGAGUGCUGCUCAGCUAUCCAAGCAGGAUUCACGGAUGUCCAUGGGACAACUAACUGCUGGUGGCGAAACGACUGCAUCUCUGCAGGAAGAACCCUGCACGGUAUCUUCCACUGCAACUGUGUCUUCCGCGACACCACCAGCUACUCCUGAGUAUCGCGAUUCCACACUAAUUCAUCGCACAUCCAGCACAACGUCAUCAGCCGGGUUUGCUGGACUCGGGAGGAUUCAACUGACACUCCGCUACAGUGUUCAGCGUCAGAGAUUGAUUGUGAUUGUGCACAAAAUUAUGAAUAUCCCCCUGAAGGAUCCGUCCAAUGUCCCAGAUCCCUAUGUGAAGCUCUACCUUCUCCCAGGGCGCUCCAAGGAGUCCAAAAGGAAGACCAAUGUGGCCAAGGAUAACUGCAAUCCCGUCUACGAUGCAACUUUCGAGUACAUCAUCUCCACCGCAGAGCUCAUUGGGUCUGAAUUGGAAGUGACUGUGGCCACACAGAAAGGCUUCCUUAGUGGCGGGAGUCCUGUAAUUGGCAUAGUGAGGGUACCACUAAAUGACAACGAAAUCUCCCAACAGGGUAUUACAACAUGGUAUGAUUUACUUCCUGAAAAUUACGAAUAAAAUUCAUUGUGGAAUUAAAUGUGCAAACAAAUCAAAAGAAAAGAAGAAAAGAAGAAAAAAGUUUAUUAAUUGGUAGAUGCUUUUCUUUGUGCAUAAAUUGUCAAUCAAUUAAAUUGAAAUCAAAUCUCUUCGUGUUAGAUUUUUAAAAUUUUGUCAAAUUAUUAUUAUUAUUGUGUAAUGUACUCAAAAAAAUAUAUUGAAAAAUUUUAGCAUUUUACUGAAAAUUAGGGAAUAUUUACAAAAAAGCAUGACGUAAAUCACACAUUAGAAAUUUUUUAAAAACUUUUCUUACAAUCCAAAAAUUUACUAGAAGGACAUUUUUAUAGAAUUUUUUUCUUUUAUUUGAAAAUCAGUUUAUUUUUUUUUUAUUUUACUUUUAAAAAAAGAAUUAAAUGUUAAUCUAUAUUUUACUUUAUUAUUAUGUUAAAAAAAUGAGCUGUGCUUUUAAGAAAAACAACGGCUUAAAAAUUAAAAUUUUGCAAUUAAAAAAAACUAAAAACAAAGUUUGAAAUUAUAUACUUACAAAUUGUUACUUCACAAGCUUUUUUGCAAUUUUGUGCUUUAAAAUAUAUUAUUAAAUUGAUGUAUUAAAAAUCAAAAUGUUACGUACAAUUAUUAGAAAAAAAAAUGUUGUGAAGCUCUCCACUGUCCAUGUCACAUUUAUAAAAUUCAAUUUAUUUGAGAAAUAAUUCAUUUAUAGGAUGUUUUUUAUAUUUAUUUAAAAACUGUACAAUUCAGCAGUUUGACUAUAAAAGGGAUUAUUUUCUUUGACAGAUUUUUAUUAGGUUUAAUCCUAAAAUUUAUUACAUUAAAAUAAAGUAGAAGUAUCGAAAUUAAUAUUAAAAUUUAAAAUUUCUCAAUUUUACUAAAAAAAAAAAAGAAAAAUGAAAUUAAAACGUAGAGAUAAAAAAAUCUUUUUUUUCUAUUAGAUAUUUUUAUCUUUGUAAAAUCGGAAAAAAUACUUUUGAAUAAAAAAAUUACCUAUCUGCCUCAAAUCUAAAUUUUUGUGACACAACCAUUUAUGGAAAAAUGGAUUAUAGAUUAUUUAUACAAGAUAUAAAUAUACAUAUAAUGUUA